AUGGUGGGCGAGAAGGUUCCUUUGAAAGUCUCGCUGAUGAAUGGCAUCAUGAGGUUCGGGAAGAAGGGCAAGCUGAGCCCAAGGUUUGUUUGCCCAUUUGAGGUGCUGAGGCGAGCUAGGAAGGUUGCUUAUAAGCUUGGUUUGCCUCCUAGUCUAUCGGGAGUUCAUCCAGUCUUCCACAUGUCUAUGCUCCGUAGGUACCUUGCCGACAGCUCGCAUGAUUUAGAUUACAGCACUGUUCAGCUAGAUGAGAGUCUGGGUUACGAGGAGGAGCCUGUUGUUAUUGUUGACAGGCAGGUUCGCUUUGAGGUACAAGAAUAUUUCUGCGGUAAAGGUCCAGUUGAGGGUUCAACCAAUCGAGGAAGCGACUUGGGAGGCCGAGGAGGACAUGAGUAG